AUGGCCAGUUCAGAAAAUUUUUGCCACAUAUGCGGUUUCUGGUUUUUCGAGAAACCUUGGAUGAAAGGGAAUUGUUCAUCUGAGGGUGGAAGGAGUUCUUCAACAUCCAGUGCACGAUCAAGUCGGAGAAAAGGGCGAUCGAGUGAACGCAAGGUUUAUCCAUGGAAAUGCGAAUGUGGAUGUGACGUUGUGAGAUUGACAUCGAAAACAGAGAAUAAUCCCGGAAGAGUGUUCUUCUGUUGUGAGAAACAGGAGGGAAAUUUUAAUCACUUCUUCAAAUGGUUUGAUGAGGUUAUGGAAGACAAAAUGGACAAUUUUGAUGAAGGAUUAGAAAGAGUACUAAUGGAUACGGAAGCAUACAAACUGAGGAUCGGAAAGAUGGAAAUUGAGUUGGAAGAGUACAGAGUGAAGACGAGAAACUUGGAGGUUGAGUUGGAAGAGUACAAGGAGAAGACGAAAAAGUUGGAGGAUGUGUUGGAAGACUACAAAGGCGUGAUGCUUAAAUUUGUGGUAGUUGUCGUAGUUGUAGUUAUGAUGCAUUUGAAGAGAAUGUAUUAA